AUGGAUACAACAUCAUUAAUUAUCAUUACAUGUGUACUUAUUCCGGCUCUACUAGCUAUCGGUAUUUGUGCUAUUAUAGUUUGUUCAAAUUAUGAUAGAGAUCGAAAACUUCAUCGUCAAAGAGGUUCAUCUUUUGUAUGCCAUCAUUUACAUGAACGAGUACCUCAAGAUAACUAUAUAAUUGAUUUUCCACGUACUAAUCGCUAUCAACAACAAUGGCGUUUACGUGAACCUCCACCUGUAUUUGAAGAAUCAUCACCAUCAUAUGACAUUUCUGUUAAUCAAAUAGGAAGACAACAAUUACCAGUAUUUACAUCUAUUCGUACAACACCAUUAACAACAAAUGUUCAACAAUCGUCGCCUACUAGGACGUCAUCUGGACAUGCAACAAUGCCACCUUCUUAUGCUGAAAUUUUUUUAACACCUUAUACAUUAACAAAUCGAUGA